AUGCCGCCACCACCUCCGAGACAGAGGUACAACGCAAAGGCCCGAGGGUCCGUUGCCGGUGGCUCUCACAAAAAGCGCAACCGCAAGCCGAAACAUGCAGCCGACGGCGAGGACGAUACACCUUCGCAACCUCACCAUGAGCCGGGCAUGUCCGCCAAGAAGAAGAAGCGCUUGGAUUCGUACAUCGCCAAGAAACUCCAGCUGGAACGUCGCGAUGAGACGCUCAAGACCCUCGCCGCGCUUCAGAGUAGCACCAACGACAGCUCCCUCCACAUGCUGACGACAUCGAGCAUUGGACAGAAUCCGUUAGCACCAACGAGCGCGCUUCAGCGGGCAGAGAAGAUUGAAGACAAGAUUGUACGAAGAGGACUCGACAAGCUGAAGCGGAGACACGGCGAGAUCGACAGCGAUUCCGAGUCAGACGACAAUGCUAAGGGCAAGGGAAGACGUCAGGUGGAGGUCAUCACCACUGCCGGAGCGGAGGAGGAAGGCAUCGACACCACCGUCCUCGAGACGAAGGCGGAGACGAAAGCUCGCGAGAAGGCUUUGGCCAAGGGACGCAAGGGGAAGAUCCAACUGCCCAAGAAGGAGAAGGUGAAGGAAGACUCCUCUGAUUUUGACUCGUCCGACUCGGAGAACGAUAGCUCGGACGAUGUCUCUGAACCGAGUUCCCCGCCAGGUGACACUGCCGCGGCUCCUUCUCAACCUGGAAGCGCACUGAAAGCGACGACUGCUGGCAGCGCUCUCAAGCCGUCGACAGCUGGAAGCGCUCUCAAGUCUUCCGCGACCGGAGGCGCUCUCAAGGCAUCGGCUCUUAGUGCCUUGGAGACGUCCUCGGGUAGUGCCCUGAAGUCCUCUGCCGGCAGUGCUCUUAAGCCUGCUGCAGGAAGCGCGCUGAAGUCCUCAACAGGAAGUGCCCUCAAGUCCAGUGGCGAGAUUGGCGGAGCUCUCAAGCGCGCCGAUGGAACGACUUUCCAGCCCCGCGUUGUCCUGCGCGGUCCGAAGAAGUUUGCUCCCGUCCGAGGACGGAAGGAUGAGAGUGAGAGUAGCGAGGACAGUGAGGACAGCGACAGCGAAAGCGACGCUAGUGAUGACGAGAGCGGCGAAGCCGACAGUGAGGAGAGCGAGGAAGACAGUGAGGACGAGGAAGGAACCGCUGAGGGUGACGCUGCCGAGCCAAGCUCUCCCAAGCGUUCCAAGGGAUUCAAGAACUGGGCGCUGAACGCCAUGGGCAACGUCGUCCAGGAGCAGCAGCCCGACCUUCUCGCCGUCAAUGAGGCGGAGUCGUCAAAGCCGAAGAAGCCGAAACAGCCUGCUCCGAAGACUGGAGAGUUCGUCGGACCCAUGGGCUCGACCUUCGCUAUUCCGACGACAUCGCUGCUUACUGGAAGUGACCAGGGAUCCUCGGCUCGCCCCACGAUCAAGCGCCGGCCGUCCGUGGCCGAGUCGCGCAUGGAGCUGCCGAUUCUGGCUGAGGAGCAGAACAUUGUCGAGGCUGUCCUGAUGAACCCCGUCGUCGUUAUCUGCGGUGAGACCGGUUCAGGUAAGACGACGCAGGUUCCGCAGAUGCUGUACGAGGCUGGCUUCGGAUUCCCUGGCUCGGCGAACCCCGGCAUGAUCGCUGUGACGCAACCACGACGAGUUGCGGCCGUCUCACUGGCCGAACGCGUGCGAGAUGAGCUCGGGUUCGACAAGAAGUCUGGAAUUGUUGCGCACCAGAUUCGAUACAGCUCGACGACGAGCCCCGACACCGCCAUGAAGUUCAUGACCGACGGUGUUCUGCUUCGCGAACUGGCCACGGACUUCCUCCUGUCCCGCUACAGCGUCAUCGUCGUCGAUGAGGCGCACGAGCGAGGAGUCAACACGGAUGUUCUCAUCGGUGUUCUCAGCCGUGUCGCGAAGCUCCGCGAGAAGCGCUGGCGUGAAUCGGAGGGCAGCAAGGACCGCCUGGGACCACUGCGCAUUGUCAUCAUGUCUGCGACUCUCCGUGUUGCCGACUUUGCCGAGAACCCGACGCUCUUCGCCAACCCGCCCCCGAUCAUCCACAUUGGCGCUCGUCAGCACCCGGUAACCAUGCACUUCUCCCGCCGUACCAGCUCUGACUACGUGACGGAAGCGUACAAGAAGGUCUGCAAGAUCCACUCUCGUCUUCCCCCAGGCACCAUCCUCGUCUUCCUCACUGGUCAGAACGAAAUCACCGGACUUUGCAGGAAGCUGGACAAGCGCUAUGGCAAGGGCAAGCAGAAGGGCAAAACCAAGAUCAAGGAGAUUGAGGAUGCUCCCGCGGAGGGCUCUGAGCUUCCACCAGAUGUGCUGGAGGCUGAAGACCUUGACCUGGGCAACGAUCAGGACCUCGCUGCUGAUGUCGAUGACGGUAUCGCCGAGGAGGAUCCCGAGGCACUCGAUACGGACGAGGACGCUCCCGAGCUCGACCUUGAGGACACGGACAUGCCGAUGACGGUCCUGCCACUGUACUCGCUCCUGUCGCAGGAGCAGCAAAUGGCGGUGUUCAAGCCGCCGCCAGAGGGCCACCGUCUCGUAAUCGUCUCGACCAACGUUGCCGAAACGUCGCUUACCAUUCCCGGCGUCCGUUAUGUUGUCGACAGUGGACGAGCAAAGGAGCGCCAGUUCGACGCCGCGUCCGGAGUACAAAACUUCGCCGUGUCGUGGAUCUCCAAGGCAUCGGCUGCACAGCGUGCUGGUCGUGCCGGACGUACUGGACCGGGUCACUGCUACCGCCUGUACUCUUCGGCCCUGUACGAGGACCACUUUGCGCAGUUCUCCGACCCCGAGAUCCUGCGCAUGCCGAUCGAGGGUGUCGUGCUCAACAUGAAGGCGAUGAACAUUGACGCGGUCGUCAACUUCCCCUUCCCAACUCCUCCGGACCGCUCUGCUCUGAAGCGUGCGGAGAACUUGCUCCAGCACCUUGGAGCUCUGGAGAAGCCGCUCGCCACGCGCAUGAUCAACGGUGUGCAGCAGAAGGGUGUCGCCGGUGGCCAAAUCACCGAGCUCGGCAAGGCCAUGGCCGCGUACCCCGUCUCGCCUCGCUUCGCCAAGAUGCUCGCUGUCGGCAGCGAGAACGGGUGCCUUCCGUACGUCAUCGCAAUUGUGGCUGGUCUCAGCGUCGGCGACCCGUUCAUGCACGAGUCGGCGCUCGAGGUCAAGGACGACGGGGGCAGUGACGAGGAGCGCGAGCUCGAGCUGUCACACAUCACGUCCGAGGAGAUCAAGGAGAAGGAGCGACGAAAGGACCUGCGCAGCCGGUUCUUCAAGCGCACAGCCGCGUUCGACGGCAAGGGCGAGUCGGACAUGUUCAAGCUGCUGUCCGCGAUCGGCGCUUAUGAGCACAACCCGACAGCUGCCUUCUGCUCCGAGUACUUCCUGCGCCACAAGGCGAUGCAGGAGAUCCAGCAGCUGCGCGCGCAGAUCAGCCAGAUCGCGGGCGAACCGAUGUCGCUCCUCCAGCCGCCUUCGGAGCGGGACCGCAAGGUUCUCCGCCAAGUCCUGACGGCCGCUUUCAUCGAUCAGAUCGCCGUCAUUGAGACGCUCGCGCUCGGCCGUGGUGUGCCCGCGCACAGCAGCACGCGCGGCGUUGCCUACCGCGCCGUCAACGUCCCCGAGCCGGUGUACAUCCACCCGUCGAGCGUCAUGUUCCACCACAAGGCGCCCGAGUUCAUUGUCUUCACCGAGCUCGUGCGCACCUCCAAGGUCUGGGUCAAGGGCAUCACGAAGGUGAACCCGGCCUGGCUGAGCGUUCUCGCCAAGGACCUGUGCACGUUUUCCCAGCCCGACAUCCCCGCCAACCGCAAGACGGGCGGUACGGAGCGCGACGUCAUCGUCCAGCCCAAGUUCUCCUAUGGCGGUCUCAGCGUCAACUUGCCCCUCGCGAAGAAGAAGCAGAAGCUCGUCAAGGGCAAGUGGGUCACGCUGGAGUAA